GCAGUCCUUCUUCCUCACCCUUCCUCAAACCAACAUACCAUACUAUUCCCCUUCAUUGUGGUGCCUCCUUCAGUCACACUAAUUUGACAAACAAUUCUCUCUCUCUCUCUCUCUAUUUCUAUACUCUCUCUCUACUCUCUAUCUCCAGUAAGAGAUAGGUAGCAUUGCACCUGGGCCACAAUUGAGAUGGGGAGGCACUCCUGCUGCUACAAGCAGAAGCUGAGGAAAGGGCUCUGGUCACCAGAAGAGGAUGAGAAGCUCCUAAAGCACAUCACAAAGUAUGGCCAUGGUUGCUGGAGCUCUGUGCCAAAACUAGCAGGUCUACAGAGGUGUGGGAAAAGCUGUAGGCUUAGGUGGAUUAAUUACCUGAGGCCUGACUUGAAGAGGGGCUCAUUCUCACAGCAGGAAGAAAACCUCAUCAUUGAACUCCAUGCAGUGCUAGGAAACAGGUGGUCUCAGAUUGCUGCACAAUUGCCGGGGAGGACAGAUAAUGAGAUAAAGAACUUCUGGAAUUCAAGCAUUAAAAAGAAGCUGAGGCAGAGAGGCAUUGAUCCCAACACCCACAAGCCGAUCGCCGAGACCGAGGGAAACGACGACAUAGCCCCCACGAACAGCGAGAAGACCUCGACGUCCGGCGAAACGAAGCUUGCCGGGCCGGCCGUGGCGCACUUAAGCCCUGCAAUUCCCGACGCGGCUCCGACGUUGAUGUCUGUGGAGAACACAAACCAUAUAGAGAAGUCGAGGCCGAAGAAUUCGAUGGCGCCGGCGAAAGAGCUCUUUCUCGACUGCGUCGCAAGUCAGACGGCUUCGAUCGGGUUGUCUAUGAACCAAAAUCUACCUCUCUGGUUUAACCAGAAUUGUCGAUUAUUUGACGGAAGCGCUGAAUUCGGCUGCAAUACGGUACCCAACAUGGCCCCAACUCUCUCGAGCUCGAUCUUCGCAAAUUCAGUCGCAUUCAAGUCUAUGAUGCAUCUCCCACAAGAAAAAACUUUACAAGAUUUCCAGUACUUGGAGGCUGGUAAUUCAGGUAACAACAGCGCGAGCAGCGGAAACAGUAGUAAUAUUCACGAGUUGCAGAGUAGUAGCUAUCUCUACGACAGCGGCAUCUUUCCGUGGUCAGAUCUGGUGCCCAACAAAGAAGAUCAAAUGCAUAUAGUAGGAGAACCAGAGGACCUCAAAUGGUCCGAAUACCUUAAUGGUAUAAUCCCUAUGCCGACAAAUAUCCAAAGCCAAAUCCAGAGCCAAGCCCACGGCUUUUACGGAAACAUCAAGGAAGAGAGCCAAUUCUCGAUAACUGGAUUCAGCAGUUGCCACCAGAAUCAGCAGCUGCAGCAUGGAGAUAUGUAUGGUAAGGACUUCCACAGAGUUUCCACCUCGUUCGAUCAAAUUUAGAUGAUUGAUACAGUUAUGAUUUGCUUCGGAGAGAGACCUAUAACAGCAACUUCUUCAACAGAAUUUUCGAUUCGAAACUGCUUUCAAUAAAUAAGAAGGCGUCUUCUGAUACUCUUUUCGCUCUGUGCGUGUGCGUGUGUGUGUUAUCGUAGAUUUUUGUUCGUGUAUAUAGGGCUCAUAGAUUUUUCAUAGAAUAAAUCUUGUUUCACCGUCGCCUCCCCUCUUCUUAUUUUAGUACUUCCAUUGUUUCUGUAACUCAAUUGUCUAAUUUGGCAUGUAAACAACCAUAAUUAUUGCUUUUUUAUUUCCUCUGUCACACUCCAAUUUACUGUUUUUAA